AUGCAGGUGUCAGUAGUGUGACGUCUGUCUCAACCUUCAGUAGUGUGAUGUCUGUCCCAACCAGGAGGGCUGUGGUGAAGAAGGAAAAACUGUUGUACGUGGUGGGAACUGACCGGUGGAAAAUCAACAACAGGCUGGACAAGGCGUACAAGCCCCGUCUGGGUUGUGAUAUUGUUAGGGAGGCCCUGGCGCGGGUGGGUGAGAAGCUGUCGUACACUGUCAUCAGUAGAAACUGUGAGCACUUUGUCACUGAGCUGCGCUACGGCAAGUCUGAGUCCCUACAGGUGCUGUUUAAGGGCGGAGCUAUACUCCUUGCCGCGGGCACUGUUUAA